UUGAUUUCUACUGCAGAACACCAGAAAUAAUUUACAGUGCUGCUAAGGAGAAAACAAACAAAACCAAAGACACAGAGAAGCUUCAAAUGACUGGAAACAUGGAAUGGUCUGCUUUAUUUAAAACAUGUGGAUUGCAUAAAAGAUAAUGUGAGAAAAUCUGUAUUUUGAGCACUAGAAGCAGUUGGGAGCUAUCAAAAGAUUUUGAGCAAAAUAAAUUCACACUGUUUCAGCAAUUUGAAAGAGAAGACAAACUUGGAAGGUACUGCAGUGAUCAAGAUUAACAGCAAUUGAAAGUGACUCUAAUUGAUAAGAAUACAAAAGAAAAUAUAGAUAUUUAAAAACAUCAGUGACUCAAAAACUUUCAUGUACUUGCUUUCAGACUCAAGACUAAAAUAUAGAUUUAAUAAAUUUGUUCGCACUUUGGAAUGACAGACUAAAACUUAUGACAGCUUUACUUAUGUAGAACCUAGGCAGAAAAAGAAUCCCACCUUAAGUCUAAAAUCAGAAAUUGCCCUAAGUGCUAAGGAUGAACAAUAAUGAAAUAAAAAUGCAUUAGAAAAAGACAAAUGAAGCUCUAUUGAUUUUAAUGAAGAGAUAAUUAUUCACAAAUGAUAAGGAUCAAAAAGAAUCAAACUAAUAGAUACAGGAAAGAAACACACGAGUGGGAACAAAUUUAGUAAUUGCUAUUAAGAGAAAAUUAGGAAAUUUUUUCCCCCAAAAUUAAAACAAAUUUUUUCUAUUCUUAAAGUAUUUCACACAUAUUAAGUUCAUGAAAUUACUUAAGAAAACUACUUCCAAUAUUUGCUCCCUGAGUAAUUAUCUUUCUGGGCUCCUAGACUCAGUAGCCACAGUGAAUUACCGAGUUGUGUUACACUAGAAUCUUAAAUCUAGAAAUAUGGAAUAUUCUGAAUUCCAGAACAAAACAAUUUUCCAAUUUAAAAUUUGUGAUCAUUUAACUGAUCAUCUUGAUUUAUUAUCACACAAAUUCUGUUACUAUUUUAAUAUUAUGUGGGGAAUUUUUUCUGGAGAGAACUACAUUUAUGGUCAUAAUGCAUUUCUUAGAUGAUAUUAAGUCUCGUCGUAACACUUCCUCCAGCAAGAAAAACGUACUCCUCUAUUUCAACAAUGAUUAAGAAAGAAUUCACAGAAGGAAAUAAAAUUUUGCAGGAUAACGGUGCAAUUUUCAUUCAUGAAAAAUGUACUUACUCUUUGGGCCACGUGAUGUCACUCUUGGCCGCGAUAUUCUGUUUCAAAGGGAAUACAGAAAUCCUUUUCCCCGUGGGAAAACCACACUCUCUUUUUCACUCACUCCGUGAUGAUCAAUGGCGAAUACAGGAAGACGGGACUGACAGAGUCAGUAGAUUUCUCUUAAUUUCGAGGCAAUUUACAUUAAGCAGAAAGAGAUCGGGUAUUUGAAAUGUUGUACUCGGGUGGAAGCAUCCCAGAAGGCCAGCACCUACUGCUUUCAUUUCUGCUCCUCACAAUCUGGGAAGCAGGCAGCGGGCAGCUCCAUUACUCGGUCCCGGAGGAGGCAAAACACGGCACUUUCGUGGGCCGCAUCGCCCAGGAUCUUGAGCUGCAGCUGAUGGAGCUGGUGCCACGCAUGUUCCAGUUGGAUUCUAAGAGUCACGGAGACCUUCUGGAGGUAAAUCUGCAGAAUGGCAUUUUGUUUGUGAAUUCUCGGAUCGACCGGGAGGAGCUGUGCGGGCGGAGCGCGGAGUGUAGCAUCCACCUGGAGGUGAUCGUGGACAGACCGCUGCAGGUUUUCCAUGUGGAGGUGGAAGUGAAGGACAUUAACGACAACCCCCCGGUGUUCCCAGCCACACAAAAGAAUCUGUUUAUAGCAGAAUCCAGGCCGCUUGACUCUCGGUUUCCACUAGAGGGCGCCUCGGAUGCAGAUGUCGGAGCCAAUGCUCUGCUGACUUACAGACUGAGCCCCAAUGAGUAUUUCUCACUGGAUGUACCACCCAGCCACGAGCAGGUAAAACCUCUUGGACUUGUGUUACGCAAACCUUUGGACCGGGAAGAAGCUCCAGAGCUUUACCUAUUGCUCACUGCUACUGACGGAGGCAAACCCGAGCUGACUGGCACCGUUCAGUUAUUCAUCACAGUGCUGGAUGCCAAUGACAAUGCCCCAGUAUUCGACAGGACACUCUAUACAGUGAGAUUACCAGAAAAUGUUCCUAUAGGAACACUGGUAAUUAACCCCAAUGCCUCAGAUUUAGACGAAGGAGUGAAUGGGGAUAUUGCUUACUCAUUCUCCAGUGAUGUUUCUCCAGAUAUAAAAUCCAAGUUCCACAUAGAUGAAGUGAGUGGGACAAUCACAGUGAUAGGACGUAUUGAUUUUGAAGAAAGCAAAACUUACAAAAUUCAAGUAGAGGCAAUUGAUAAAGGCUUUCCACCACUGGCUGGUCACUGUACAAUUCUUGUGGAAGUGGUGGACACUAAUGACAAUGUUCCACAGUUAACUGUGAAAACUGUCUGGCUCCCUGUUAAAGAGGAUGCACAACUUGGAACAGUUAUUGCUCUGAUCAGUGUGACUGACCUAGAUGCAGGCGUGAAUGGACAAGUGACCUGCUCCCUGAUGCCUCAUGUCCCCUUCAAGCUAGUGUCCACUUUCAAGAAUUACUAUUCGUUGGUGCUGGACAGUGCCCUGGAUCGCGAGACUGUAUCUGACUAUAAAGUGGUGGUGACCGCCAGGGACGGAGGUUCACCUUCGCUGUGGGCCACCACCAGUGUGUCUGUGGAGGUGGCUGACGUGAACGACAACGCACCGGCUUUUGCACAACCCGAGUACACUGUGUUCUUGAAGGAGAACAACCCGCCAGGCUGCCACAUCUUUACAGUGUCUGCGCAUGACGCGGACGCUCAGGAGAACGCUCUGGUGUCCUAUUCUCUGGUGGAGCGUCGGGUGGGCGAGCGUGCGCUGUCGAGCUACGUGUCAGUGCACGCGGAAAGCGGCAAGGUGUAUGCGCUGCAGCCUCUGGACCACGAGGAAUUGGAGCUUCUGCAGUUUCAAGUGAGCGCACGCGAUUCUGGCGAUCCGUCACUUUGCAGCAACGUGACAUUACAGGUGUUCGUGUUGGACGAAAAUGACAAUGCGCCAGCGCUGUUGGGGUCUGGGACGGGGGACGUGAGCUUAGUGGUGACCCAGCUGGUGCCUUGGUCUGUAGGUGCAGGCCAUGUGGUGGCGAAGGUGCGCGCUGUGGAUUCAGACUCAGGUUACAAUGCAUGGUUGUCUUAUGAGCUACAGACGUCGGUGGGCGUCGCUCGCAGUCCCUUCCGCGUGGGACUGUACACCGGCGAGAUCAGCACAACUCGCGCCCUGGAUGAGACCGACUCGCCGCGUCAGCGCCUUUUGGUCCUGGUGAAGGACCAUGGGGAUCCAGCGCUGACUGCCACCGCCACAGUGCUGGUGUCUCUGGUGGAAAGCGGCCAGACCCCAAAGACCGCUUCUAGAAGCUUGGCGGGUACUGCCAGCCAGGAGGCAACGCUGGUGGAUGUCAACGUGUACCUGAUCAUUGCCAUCUGCGCAGUGUCCAGCCUGUUGGUGCUCAUGUUGCUGUUGUACAUAUCAUUUCGGUGUUCAGCGGCGCCCACCCAGGGCGAGUGCGGGUCUGGGAAACCCAUGCUGGUGUGCUCCAGCGCGGUGGGCAGCUGGUCGUACUCGAAUCAGCGACGACAGAGGUGUGCUCUGGAGAGGUCCCACCCAAGACCGACCUCAUGGCCUUCAGCCCAGGUCUUCCUCCGUGCCCUGGAUCUGUAGAAGGAGUGGGAGAACCACCUGUUGUUUUGGACUCCCCUGGGAAAGUAGGUUAUCUUAGAAUUUAUUUUUGUUAUUUGUUAUUGAAUGAUAUUUUUCAGCU